UACCGCGAAAUGUAAAUGUCCGUUUCGAUCUACGAUUCGGGAUAACCUCCUCGCGUGACGAGCGCCUUUUUUAGUCGCAAUAACAGGAGUUGGCUCCAUCGGCACAUUAAAACUAAAUCAUAAAGAACAAAACAAAAUCUCGUUUGGAUUUUGAUCGCGCAGCCACGUGCGUGGAAAAACGUGGAGCACACGCGUAAACUCACGCACGCAUGAUCGUUACAGACGCGGUUGCGUCCACAGUUGCAUCAGUAUCGGGUGCAAUCUGCUUGCUGAAUCCGCUGAAUGCCAUUGCUGGAGCAAUGGAGUUUAUAACGUUGGAACUGAGACCACGGUUACAGUCGUGCAACGUAUUUAUCGCUGUGCGAGAAGAGUUUCGCUCUAAGAAAAACAUUGAAAUUAAGCUCUUGGAAAGUAACGUGAUAUUGGUACUCGAGAGGAAUAGCGUAAAGUUCUCACUGCCAUUUGUAAAGGUUAUACCCACUUCACUGUCCGCGUUAAAUGUAACGGGUAAUUGGAUUUCCUUUCGUUUACAAAUGGCGCCGCUGGAGUCUGUAUUUGGAUCGUUCAAUACAGAAAUCGUGACAGAUUCGAGCAGAACGGUCGAGCGUUCGGUUACUCGUUCACCACCCCUUUUAGACGAUAUCAAGUUAUUGUUCGAGUCAUCGGGAUGUAACAUAUUAUGCACCUGUUGUAAGAGCGUCAUCUCGAAGUCGAUUAGCUUCAAGAGGUUUCUACCUCUACCCGACACGGAGUACGAUCCAGACGAAUGGUUCUGCUGCAGGCACACCUCCAAGAGCGUCCCAAGAUCGAGCGACGUACAACCACGAGAAACGGAUUAUCUCUAUGGUUUUUGCUUCUCGGUGUUGCACGAGAGUAUUUUUGCCGAUAAUGUACAGGUGGAUGACAGCACAUUGACUUGCAGCAAAUGCUUCUUACGUAUAGGUAUGCUUUACGCGUAUAGUUUAUUCAAGGUAUGGAACUGCUGCAUCGAUUACAAACCAUGCAGCGGUGCAUCGAGCACCGUAAACGCUACUGAUCCGCUCGGUGAUUUUCUGAUGCUCGUAAGAGUCUCACUGAGCGAAGCUCGAGGAGCAGUGGGAGAAGCUGGAGAAAUUAUCCUACAAACGUCUCACGGCAGACGGAGUCAUUGGCUUUGGAUAAGAGCGAUGGAUCGUAAAUUAAGUUUAAUGACGGAGCCUAGUCACGGUGUGAGCCACGAUACCAAUACCGAUACGAUUUUCUUACAACAGAAGUACGUUGCCAAAGUUUUGUACAAGUAUGGGGCCAGUGGUGUCACUACUACCGCUAGUACUAUUGAUAACACCGAUGCUACGUACCACGAAAGCUGUUGCCGCAGCAGACUGUUUUUUCGGUUAUAUCGUCUUACAAGAAACGAUCAACUGAAUAUCACAGCUUUGUCGUUGAAUAACGUCGAGUUUGCGUACGCAUUACUCUCAUACUCUGUGUAUAUAUUUAUUUUUCUACAUAAAACAAUAAAAGAAAUACUGCUAAAAGACUCAGAUCGUCAUUACUUUUCUCUGAGAGAAGCGCGACUGGCACGGAAUCGCUCACAUCACACUUAGUUUGUUAUUUCGAUGUCAUUUCGUGCACGAGAAACGCACAAGUUUAUUUUCCAUUAGAAACCCAAGUCCAUAGUGUGGAAUGUUUAUUACACGUCAGGAAUAAUGUAUACGUUAACAAGAUACUUAGACGAGGGGAUUGCGCCUCGAUGUAAUCGAAAUCGUUAGCCGCUGCGUAAAUCGUAAAACGAUUCUUACAAACGUACAAUAUAACGUGCAAUCUGUACAAUGUGACGUAUGUAUACAUCGUAGCUUUGCAAAUUGUACGCGCGUUUGAUCCGCCGCUCGUAAUUGCAUGCGUAAGAAAUUAUGGCAUUAACGAGCGUUACGCGAGUGCUCCAUGUGCAUGCGUACUUGGAAGAGUUACCGAUAUCGAUAUAUCGUAUCCCUAUCUCUCCGUGAAUUUAUCAUUUAAUUAUCAACCGUUUUGUUUACCAUGAAAAUGAAUGUCCACGGUGUGUCAUUGACAAAAUACAUUUAUUAAACUAAUUGAAAAGUGGUAA